UGGAGAGGGAGAGGAUGGAGAGAAAGAUUGAAAAGAGGAAGGGAGGGGUGAGAGCAUGGGAGGAGAAGGAGGUGAUCAGAGACUAGAGGCAGGUUCUGUUGCAGUUUAAAUAACUACCCAUAUAGGGCUCAACUCUCCAUCUCUGUUCACAGCUCUUUCUGUCUCCUUUCUACUUUCUCCCCGUUUCUGUCUCUCUCUUUUUCUAUUUCUCUGCAGCCUUGUUGGACUCCAGCUCUCUCCAGCACUGUACAUAAGACCUCCUACAUCUAAACACAACAGGAGACAGACUUGCGCUUUUUGAGGCUGCAUUUUUUAACAUCUCGGACAGGGAAAUCCAACCAAGCAGCCACCAUGGAAGCCAUCAAGAAGAAAAUGCAGAUGCUGAAACUGGACAAGGAGAAUGCUAUUGACCGGGCAGAGCAGGCAGAGACGGACAAGAAGGCAGCAGAGGACAAAUGCAAGCAGCUGGAGGAGGAGCUGAUGGACCUCCAGAAGAAGAUGAAGCAGACGGAGGACGAACUGGACAAAUUCUCUGAGGGCCUGAAAGACGCUCAGGAGAAGCUGGAACUGUCUGAGAUAAAAGCUGCAGACGCGGAGGGUGAUGUAGCCGCUUUGAACCGUAGGAUCCAGCUGGUGGAGGAGGAGUUGGACCGAGCCCAGGAGAGGCUGGCCACGGCACUGCAGAAACUAGAGGAGGCUGAGAAGGCCGCAGACGAGAGCGAGAGAGGGAUGAAGGUGAUCGAGAACCGAGCGAUGAAGGACGAGGAGAAGAUGGAGAUUCAGGAGAUGCAGCUGAAGGAGGCUAAACACAUCGCCGAGGAGGCCGACCGUAAAUAUGAGGAGGUGGCCCGUAAACUGGUGAUCCUGGAGGGAGAGCUGGAGAGAGCUGAGGAGAGGGCCGAGCUCUCAGAAUGUAAAGCCGGGGACCUGGAGGAGGAGCUGAAAAAUGUGACCAACAACCUGAAGUCCUUAGAAGCCCAGUCUGAGAAGUACUCAGAAAAAGAAGACAAGUACGAGGAGGAGAUCAAAGUUCUAACUGACAAACUGAAGGAGGCUGAAACCCGUGCAGAGUUUGCAGAGAGGACAGUGGCCAAACUGGAAAAGUCCAUUGAUGACCUGGAAGAGAAAUUAUCACAAGCCAAAGAGGAGAAUCUUGGCAUGCAUCAAGUCCUGGACCAGACCCUGCAGGAACUCAACAGCUUAUAAACACACAGAGAGGAAGCUGGAGAGGAUGAGAUCCUCAUGUAACAUUUCUUAAAUGUUCGACUCCAUUCCACAUUUCGAGCUGUAAAAUCUUUAUUCCCCCUGUGAAGGGGGAUUAACUUAAUGCUUCUCCCUAGUUGUUUUUUUUCCGAAGGCACACCUUUGUUUCUUUUCUUUUUUUUUUAAGAUGGGAAGUCAUUUUGCCCCCAUUCUUCUUUUUUAUCUCCACCUGUGAUUGCAGAAAUCCCCCCUCAGAAAUGAUUUUUGACCACUUAUUUAGAAAGAACUGGCAACUGACACACAGAAAGAAACCUCAGAUUUGGUCACUGAACCACUUAAACUGGCUCAGUUUCAUUGACGUGCACAUACAUUAAGCCUCUGUCUAUUUUAAUACAUAUGCUACAGAUGGUGUUGGGUUUCGCUCAGUCUACAUUGGUAUGGCUCUGAAGUGCCACCCAGUGGUGAUAUGAAGUUAGUCAACAGUCUGGUUUUUCUGAUCAUGCUGUACCACCCUAAAACGCUACAAGACAAUAGACAUUCGGCUUAUGUGUGCUUGUCUUUAGCAGUAUCCUCCCAAAUCUGUUAAACAGCACAGUGGUCAAAUGGACAGGUGGCCUUAUGGAAAGGUUUCAUUGAUUAAUAAACAGGUCAACACACAUGCUGCUCAGUCACUCAAGGCGUCUUGCCUCUUUUGCCAAUCCCCAAUUAUCCUGAGGCCUACAUGUUGAAGAUGCACAUUUAUGUAUUUAUGUGCAUCAAAAGUUUUUCUACUCUAUUUUAAUGUGGGGAUCUGUGCAGAAGCUGAGAGCUGUGCAUGUACGGUAUCUUGCAGUGACAUGCAUUUCUAAGCUGUACUGCCUUUCCCUAAGCUUGACCUGACCGUUGACACAUUCUUCAUCAUUGCCAUGCCAUAAUGUAGCCAAUAUAACAGAUUUACAAUAUAUUGUAUUACAUAAGCGAGCUGAACCCCAAACCACUGGAAGCUCAAGUCAACUUGUAUCAACCAUGGAUACUUAUUGUAUAUAGUAGAAUAAUGUUAGGUAUUUGAGAAAUUGUAUUGCUUUGAUUAUUUUUGGAUUUGUUUCAUUUACAUCACUUCAUUUUUUUUGCUAGGGGAACUCUCAAGACCAAAGAACACAUAACACAGACAAUAAAUUCUAAAAAAUGUUUUAUUUUUGUUUGUGGUGGUCAUCAUGGUUUCAUCUCAUGCCAGGGCCAUGGAAAGGGUCUCACACAUGCCCGAGACCAUUUUAUAAUAUUUCAUUUACCAACUCCCUCUAUGUCAACCUAAUAAAUGUUUUACAGAAA